GUGUGACCGGCUGGGAAGACAUGUUGGUUGUUUUGGGCUUCCUACUACUUCUAACUGGAGCCCGGGGGUUUGGAAUUCUGCCUGGAGACUCACAGAGUCAUCUGGAGAUCACGGACACAGCUAUUUUAAAUGCCACCGUGCAGGUGUGCCGCGCUCUGGCCGAGGCCGAGGGGAACGUCUUCACGACUCCGGCACAGCCAUUUACCGUUACGGAUGUGGCCACAGCCUGCAGGGCUCAAAACUCCAUCAGAAGCUUCCAGCUGGCGAUUGUAACCAUCAAAUUCCGGAACGUGCGCGUGGACAUCCGCCAAGUGCUUAACGCCAGCUUCCACUUUGACGACGAGUCGUUCGUCGAAGGUCGGAACAUCAUCGUCGGGGGCCUGAUUACAGUGAAGAACAGCAUCAAUCAGGAGGACUUUGAGGCGGCCAGGGAGAACUUGGGCACAAUUCUCCAUCCUUUACAGGACUUCUACAGCCAUAGCAACUGGGUGGAAAAUGGUAACCAGUUUCCAAAUUCCAAUCUAAUCAGAUCAGACACUAGCAUCGGCAACAUAGCAGCUGUAAACCGGGCCACUUGUCGCAGCUGUAAUGGCGAUGACUGCAGUGAUAACAUACUUGAGGACAUCACGCGGGACAAUGUACUGACUUCUGGAUACUUUAGCUUAUUCCCGACAACGCCCACCAAGCCCGCAGGAAAGUGCAGUCAUGGCGGAACUUUCGACCAGACCAGCGAUAUUGAUCCCACCGGAGGGAUCAACAAAGACGCGGCAGACUCUGAACACGGGAAUCUCCACGAGGUGGCUGCAAAUCUGGCAGCAAUGGCGACCAGCGAGAUCCUGGAAAACAUUCGCCAGGAAGUGGAGGACGUUCCAUUCCUCCUAAUGUUGGGAAUCUCCCGAGGGUCUGGGAAAGCUCUGUGCUUCGUGAUCGACACCACGGAGAGUAUGAGCGACGACAUCGCGGCAGUGCAGGUCGCCACUUCUUCUCUCAUCAAUAAUGUGGCGGGAACAGACAAUGAACCUCAGUCCUUCAUUCUGGUUCCCUUCAAUGAUCCCGAAGUUGGGCCGCUGAGGAGGACGACUGACCCCCAAGUCUUCAACGACUUCGUUGACGAUCUGUCAGCCAGCGGUGGAGGAGAUGACGCAGAAAGGAGUCUCGCUGCCCUUAAGCUGGGACUGAUGGGUUCUCCGCGGAGCUCUGACAUCUUCGUCUUCACGGACGCACCGGCCAGAGACGUGGAGCUGAAAACCACAGUAAUCGCUCUCAUCGAGCGCACUCAGAGUGUGGUCAACUUCCUGAUCACGGGGACAAGUAGCAACAGGAUCGCGGAGGCGGAUUCUCAGGUGUACCGAGACCUUGCCCAGGCCGCGGGGGGUCUGGCUGUGGAAGUGGAGACGGACGAGCUCUUAAACGCCACGAUCAUUAUUCGUCAGAUUUCCAACUCCUCUGUGGUGACGCUACUGCAGGCUUCCAGGGGUCCAGGACCAUCGGAGAGCUUCACGUUUUUGGUUGACGAGACCACGAUGAACACCAGAAUUUACAUCACAGGAAAUCCUACUAUGGUCACGAUCACCAACCCUUCAGGCUCAACUCACGGCAUCAUGGGCACCAUUCUGUUCACGUCCUCGUCUGUGGGAAACUUGGAGAUUUUGGAGCUGAACCAUGAAGAGGGAACAUGGGAAAUAGAAAUAAGCUCAGAAAACCCAUUCUCACUGAGGGUCACAGACCAGAGUCCCAUUGAUUUCCUGGUUGACUUUGUGGAGAUUGUGCCCGGAGGGAAUGCGUUCGAUGUCCUCGACACGCGUCCCACAGCCUGCAACAACGGCAGCCUGCUGGUGACACUAACGGGCAGCGACACCGCCAACGUCACCGGCGUCACGCUAGUGGAGGCGGCGGGUACGGGAGCGAUUGCAGGCACCGUGGAGCCGCAGGGGAGCGGUCAGUUCCUCGUCGGUGUCGACAAGAUUCCAUCGGUGCCGUUUGUGGUGCGAGUGAAUGGAACGGCCAACAAUCCAUCGUUUGAAUUCCAAAGGCAAUCGCCGACCAACUUCCAGGCAUCCAAUUUAACCAUCAGGGGGGAGGUAGACAACAACCUCGUGCCGGGGACACCAUUCUCUGUACCUUUUUCUAUCACCGAAGAUAUGGGAGGUAAUUUCUCCAUCACAGUCACCACCAACGACCAGCGCUUCACCACCAGUGCUCCCAGUAGUCUCCUGGUGCAACCAGGAGUCUCAACCAACAGCACCAUCAUGGUGUUUGCGCCGCUUAACACACCAUCGGGGACCACCAUCACCCUCACCAUCGACGUCAAAAAUACAGACAGUGAGGACACCAACUACUUAAUCCUGAGGAUCGUCGUCUUUAACACGGUGACGGACCUAACCGCUCCCAUGUGUGAAGUCCUAUCGUUCGUCAACUGCGUACAGAUAAGCAGUACCAAAACAUGGGAGGUGUCGGUGCGUGUGAGCGACGGUGCAGACGGCACAGGCGUAGAGCGGGUCACCCGCACGCAAGGCAACGGAACGCUGAACAUCGGACCGUCCCCCAGCAAUGGGAAUGUGACGCUGGUGACCUACAAUGCGUCCUGCGUGGACCCGGACAUGGCGCUGGUGGCGGUGGACCGGGUGGGCAACACUGUUGCGUGCGCCUUCAACGGCUUCCAGCUUUCAGGGGACGUGGCACCUUUGGUCAGCCAGGUGCACCUCAUAUGUGCGCUUAACCUGGCGGUCGGCCUCCUGCUCAGCCUGUGGUGAGCUUUUAGAAGCAUCGCUAUGACUGGUCUUCCUCUAUGUGAUCUUGGGCAAUCGUCUGCCCACCAAAAACUGUCCUGUUUUUAAACUGUUGCUUUUGAUUUGUUUAUUAUAUUGCAACGUGAUGAUUUUUUUUGGAAAAAAACACUGUGAUAAAAAUGUUGAAAGAAGGCUAAUAUUUAAUUAAAAAAAUGUUUUGCUACAAGUUGAA